AUGACGGAACGCUCAGACACAAAGACUUCUCAAAACACCACUACCUCUGAGUCGGUGAUAACGGAAGCCAAAACCAAGUCCGAGCCGAGCCCUACGGCCAUGAUGCUGGAACGAUCAGAUGCAACGAUUUCGCAAGAAACCCCAACCUCCAAGUCAGUGGAAUCAUCAACUACGGACGCGACGAGCAAGCCCAUGAAGAGUCCUAGGACCACGAUGUCAGACACAACGACAUCACAAGAAACCACCCCCUCCGAGUCGGUGACAGCGGAAGCCAGAACGAAGUCUGAGCCGAUCCCUACGACCACGAUGACGGAACGAUCAGAUGCAACGACAUCGCAAGAAAACCCAACCUCCACUUGUUCACAAUACGGAUCCCAUCUGGUCUUCAUCGAGUCGCAAGAGGAACAGGACUUCAUCGUAGAGAAUAUCAAAGAGGACCACUGGAUCGGGCUGACCGGCUCAAAUCGCAGUGAUGCAAGAGCACUUUUCAUCUUUACAUUCAAGCGAGUUGAAGAUAAUCAUAUCGAUGAUUAG